GAACCUCAGCCAAUGGAAGACUUAGUGGAGGAAAUUACAGUUGACAUGAGUAAAGUCAAGCUCAGUACGAGGAAAUAUAAAAAGUACGGAGCAGACCAGAUAGAAAGAUUCAUCAAGAUGCUCCAAGAAGAGGGGUUAUCUGUCCCUAAAACGGCUGCGGUAUGCAACAUACCUCAUUCAGGUGCUUAUAGACUUUUGGACGAGUUUAAUAGUGGUGACGGGCACGUACUUCCAAGCACAACAGUCAAACCAAAAACUGUCAAACCUGAAAAACUAUUUCAAGAACAUACCGAAUUCUUGAUUGUUCUUUUUGAUAAAAAU